AUGUCUGGUACCGACUACAAGUUUGAGGGCUGGCUCGGCCACGACCCCAGCUCCGCGAUNGACGACGUCGACAUCAAGGUUUCCCACUGUGGUAUCUGCGGUUCUGAUCUUCACAUGCUGAAGAGUGGCUGGGGCGAGACACCUUACCCUUGCUGUGUCGGCCACGAGAUUGUCGGCAAGGCCGUCAAGGUCGGAAGUAACGUCAAGCACGUCAAGGUUGGCGACAGAGGUACACCCACUCGAAUCGUGACCAAAGAUCUCAAUACUAACCGCCUAUANGUCGGCGUUGGCGCUCAAUCGAACAGCUGCGGCAAGUGCGACGACUGCAAGAAUGGUGACCAGAACCACUGCGUGAACACAACCAACACAUACGGCGACAAGUACAAGGACGGCAGCGGCAAGUCCUACGGUGGUUACGCUACCUAUGCGCGUCACCCUGGUAACUUCGUCUUCAACAUUCCCGAAGGCCUCGACAGUGCCGAAGCUGCUCCCAUGCUCUGUGGUGGUGUCACCGUCUACUCGCCUUUGAAGAACUACGGUGCUGGACCUGGCAAGAAGGCAAGCAAGAAGGACGAAGUCCUCAAGCUCGGCGCCGACAGAUACGUCGCUACCGACGAUGACAAGGACUGGCAACAGACCAACCGCCGCACACUCGACCUGAUCGUCUGCACUGUCUCCAGUGGAAAGAUGCCUCUCGAGGGUUACGUCGGCAUGCUCAAGACCAAAGGAACAUUCAUCCAGGUUGGAGCACCAGACGGUGGCGAGCUUCCCAACAUCAACGCCUUCACUUUGAUCGGAAACGGCGUCAAGGUUGGCGGUAGCGCUAUCGGCAGCCCCGAAGAGAUCAACGAGAUGUUGAAGUUGGCAGCCGACCAGAAGAUCCACCCCUGGAUCCAGAAGCGUUCCAUGAAGGACGCCAACGCAGCCAUUGUCGACAUGGAUGCUGGCAAGGCUCGUUACCGUUACGUCCUGUGCAACGACGAGUAA